ACCAUGCAUAAAAACGGAAUUUUUUUAGCCGGUAUUCUGGAAGCAUGAGACGUUAGCAGACGACGUGAAUGAGUCAUAAAAAAGUGAUUUAGUAACUUCAUUUUAAUUUCAUGGAUUUUUACGAAGUUACCAAUGACAUGAUAUCGCGAUGAACAGUUCCAGCACAGAGUUUAUUCAGGGGGCGAAGGGCAGUGAAGACGAGAACUCCAACUCCAUUUCGGCUGAUGACCAAAUUAAUUCAAUGGAGUUGGAGAACAAACCAGCACCGCGUUUUAAUGGCGCAGGGGAAGCAUUAAUUCAAGAAAUUCUUGCUAAUAAGUCCAGAAAUGGCACGGCCGAUAAAAAGCUUUCAUCAGACAAAGAAUAUUCCAACCCGCGUUCUCAUGUUUGUUGUUCCUGCGCGUGCGCCGAAGACAAUGACGAGGAAAACCAUGGAGGAGAUAAUGAGGACGACGAAGAAGCUUCAGAAAAACUCAUCAGCGAAUCUUUAUGCCCAUCAGGCAGUUGUUCCUCCACCCAUCCCGACUCAAGAACACGUAAAACAAACGGCCAUUUGUGGGUAGGGCAAAACUGUAAGCCAAACACAAACGACAUUACCAUCCCUGGACCGAAGUUUAGGUUACGAGUGUGUUCCAUCAAGUGUACUACUCAUUCUGCAUCAACCGAACUACCAGGCCUUCAAAAUGGCAUGCAGAGUAAUUGUCUACUGGACAGACCAAUAGUAAGCUUGGAAAAGACUCUAGGAUCUCUUGACAGUCACACUUGUUCUGCUGCUUCAAAUCUAAAUUCGUCGUCUGUUCACUUCCCAUCAAGAACAGUUGAUGAUCUAUACCUUCAGGUUCCUGGUAAAUCUAAGGGUCCAAGAUUACGGAAAAUAUCCAUACCUUUACUGAAACCUUCGUCGUCUUCUCUGGAGCUUCCAAACUCCGAUGAACGACCGUCUUCUCCAGUAAGACGGAAGCUGAGCAACGUGAGCGACGUGGUCACGCGCAAGAUCAGCAGCACUAUCGGCUGGCGUACCGGCAGGGGAGCUGAAGAAGUGGUGCCACAGGCCAAGUACCUCUGUUCACAGUACAUCAGGUGCCGCCUCAAGCGAGCAGGACUUCUACACAAGAAGAUUGGACUUCAGAGGAUUAGAUCUGUGGUCAACCUCCACUGGGGCUUGGAAGUUUGCGAGGUGUUCCCGCGCCUGCUGACCUUAGGUCACGAGCUGGAACGAUGCCAUCCUAACCUGUACUGCUCCAUCGUGCGCCAGAUCUCCGUCUCCCUCAAGUCAGAUAAGGUUGUGCGGCACGUGAUGCUGGCGCUCUCGUCGCACCUCCUGCGCACGGAUGUCACGUGGGCGCGGAUCAUAUCCCUCUACGCCCUCGCUGCCGCCCUGGCUGCGGACUGCGUCAGGCAAGGCCAUCCAGAAUUUGUGAGCAGCGUAGUUGAGGGCGUGGGGAUGGCAAUCGAGCGGCACUCGUGUCAGUGGAUAGCAAGUCAAGGAGGAUGGAGCGGAGUGUUGGUGUGGUCACAGCCGCCGGCGUUCGAGCUUACGCCGAUGCAGAUGCUCACAAUGGUCGGGGCGGCAGGAGUGGGCAUCGCUGCCCUCAUUGGUGGAGCCUUCAGCCUGCUCGACCACCUCAUGUCCUGAUGGGCGCGUACUUUCAAGGAAUAGAUCGCAUUGCACAGUAACACUUAUCGAACAGCACGAAAGUUACACUUGAACGAAUUUCGGGGUCGCUCAUCACAAAAAUUUGAUCGCGCUCAUGUGACAUAGACGGGGGAUACAUAUUCCGAUACAAGUUAUCUAAGAAAUUCAUAGCAUGACGCAAGAGGAGUGAUACCAUUUUAGUUUUCCGAUUCGGCGAGUUUUGAAAAGGCACACAUUUUUUGUCUGAUGUAAAAUCAUUCGUUAUACGUCAUAUUACGAGUGCAUCUACAGCGUUAUACGCAUGUUUGAUGUUCAGAAAGUAAUCAAUGAAACAGCUAUAAUUCCUAACGACAAUGUUAUAAAAACGGUAUUCUGUGGCUACCAUUUAUAUACAUGAAGUCCACAACCUUUCAUCAUCGUACGAUUCCAGGCUUUGAACAAGAGCAGCCGUCCUGAGAACUCCUAGAACUUUUUCCCGUUUUCUUGCAGAGCUAGAAGCCAAUCUAAUACAGGCGUUCUCACACGAGAUUGCAAAGUUAGGAGAAACAGUUCUAAGAAAAUAAUGAGUGAGGAGGAGUGAUUGCAAGAGGAGUGAUUUAUCCAGAACGUUAGAAAGUUUAUCCAUUCCAUGAAUAGAUCGAUAAAAUGUGCAUGAAUGUGUUAAAACAUGGUACAUUUAAGAUCUGAAGAUAAAGCUUUCAACCGAAGUCGCUGCAAAGGUUAUAUCUACAAUCAUCAAAAAUAUAUUUUUCAACAAAUUU